CGUCUCGUGUCUAACCCCGCCUUCCCUUCUGUCAUGGGCCGGAAGAAGUCCACUCGAGGCUCGGGCCCCGAGCGGGCAAAAAGUGGCGGCCGGCGGGCUCAGGGUCAUUCUCGGGCCUCUCGCUCCUUGGACAGUUUCACCGAGGAGGUUGAGGCAGCACUUCUUGCCUCUGUAGAAAAUGAUGCUGAGAAGGAAGGUACCUCCUCCAAGCUGGAGCUGCCCUGCCCCCUGGCCAUGUGGGAGCUUGGCCACUGUGACCCCCGGAAGUGCACUGGUAGGAAGCUGGCUCGACAGGGUCUGGUUCGAACUCUCCGACUGAAUCAGAGAUUCAACGGCCUGAUCCUUAGCCCCAUGGGCACCCACUAUGUGUCACCGGCAGAUAAACAGCUGGUAGCUCAGUGUGGAGUUGCAGUCAUUGACUGCUCUUGGGCCAAACUAGAAGAAACUCCAUUUGGGAAGAUGCGAGGAACUCACCUUCGAUUGCUACCCUACCUGGUGGCUGCCAAUCCUGUCAAUUAUGGGCGGCCCUGCAAACUGUCCUGUGUGGAGGCUUUUGCUGCCACUUUUUGCAUUCUGGGCUUUUCUGAUCUUGCCAUCAUCUUGCUACGAAAAUUCAAAUGGGGGAAGGGAUUUUUGGACCUGAAUAGUCAGCUCUUGGACAAGUAUGCAGCCUGCAGUGGUCCUGAGGAUGUGCUUAAGGUGGAAAAGGAGUUCCUGGCUAGUGCUGCUGAGAAACCCGAGGAGGACAUAGAUCCAUUUGAUGUGGACUCAGGGCGAGAAUUCUCAAAUCCUAACAGGCUUGUGGUCCCCACCAGAAUGACUGAAGACAGUGAUGAAGAAUCAGAGGAUGGAGAAGAAGAUUAUGAAAGUGAGGAGGAAGAGGAGGAGGAGGAGGAGGAGGAGGAGGAAGAAGAGGAAAAGGAAAAGGAAAAGGAUGAGAAGCAGGGAGACAGAAGUGAUGAUGAAAACCCUGAAGAAAAGAAUAGAAAGGCAUCUCCUGCCACAGUGAAUACAAACGUUUGGAAAGGAAUCAAGAAAAGACAAAGAGACUGACUAGUGCUCAAUACAGCUGUAUUUUCCAAACCUGGGUGACAAACUUAGAAAGGGAUUAACUGGACCCACAGAGACCAAUACACUUGUUGGAACUUGGGAUUGGUGCCAACCCUACCCAGGAACUGUAGCACUGGACACUUUCAUCUACUUUAAUAUUUCGCCCAUGAUUUAACUCAGCUGAACUGAUGGAAAUUUUUAGGCCAGUGAGGAAUCUGCCUUGGAACUGUCAUAAUGAAGCUGAGAACCCACAGUAA